AUAGGAAAAAUUAAUUUUCAAACUCCAAAAGAAAUAGGAAUUCUCAUGUUGAUGAGAAUUGAUAUGAUCUAAGUCGGUUUAUUUCACUUUUUAUAGAGCUUCUGCUUCUUCUUCUCUGCCCUUUUCACUGCAUUGGACGUAGUCAAGAAAAGAAGAAACGAUGGGUUUAAAGGAAAAUGAUGAAGAUCGGAGUCCCUUCCAGUGCUUGCUAGAUGCGGCUGCCUUGGUAGAGAGGUUGGACGAAGAAACGAUGAGACUGAAACUGAAACAAGGGUUGAACAAAAUUGACGACAACAACUCGUCUGGCGUUGAUACCCGACCCACAAACUAUACAACUGUGAGAAUAUUUGGAACUGAUGUUAUAAUUGCUGCCAUCGACGAAGACGUGAUUACGAACCAGCCUCCAGCUGGUUCUUCAAAGAAACGAAAAGAAAGGGUUGAGUCAAGUAGAGCAAAGCAGCCGAUGCCGAAACAGAAAAGGAAAAAGCUCAAGCACGAGGCUACUUUUGGGGCUCAACCCUGUUUGCCCCAAAGGUUCAAAGAGAUAAUCAAAUGCAUGGAUGGAAGCGAGGAGAAACUAAUUAUACAAAAGGCACUCUACAAAACUGAUUUGAGCAAGCACCACGGACGUCUCUCCAUACCCAUGAAUCAAGUCGAGGUCGAGUUUCUUACAGAUGAAGAGCUGAAACAAAGCAGCAAGGAGGGAUAG